ACAUUAAGGAACAGCAGGCGAACAGGUAUAUAAGGCCCCAACGCCCACAGCACAGCAAGUCAGUCUCCAACCACCAACGACCUGCUAACAUGAAGCUGCUGAUGAUCACCGUGAGUGUUGGUCUACUGUUGGGCUCCUGCACGGCAGAUGGUGGCUCCCACCAUGGCUCUGCAGGUAGCUCCUUUUCACGUGGGGCACACGGAGGAGGCAGUUCUAGUGGCGGUCGUCGUGGGUUCAACGGCGGUUCAUACGCCGGGGGCAGCUCCGGAGGUGGUCAUGGAUUCGUUGGAUCUAGUGGGGGCAACGGCUUCACCGGAGGUUCCUCAGGACGUGGGUCAGGAGGCUUUUCAUCUGGCGGUGGCGGUGGAUCCUACAACGGUGGUUCUGCUGGAGGCUCUUUCACAGGAGGCCGUGGAAGGUUUGCCAGUUCCUCUGCAGGUAACGCCAUCAGCCAAAGCGGAGGAUCAGGGGCUUAUGGCUCCUCUAGGGGUGGUUCCUCCGGUGGCCAAAGGGGCUCUGUUGGUGGACAUGCUGGAUCAUUCGGUGGCCAAGGUGGCUUCCCCGGUAGUCGUGGCGGUUCCAUCAGUGGCGGUAGUUACGGCGGCUGAUCUGACUUACACAUAACGCUGUAACAUGACCAAACCCACUUAUCUUUCUGUAAUAGAAAUAGAGCAUAAAUAAAAAGAAAUACAUAAAA